AUGCAUUUUCCCGUUCUCCCCCCUGGUAUUGAUGACAGCUCUUUCCAGAAAAUCCUGAUGGAAUUGCGUGACAUUGUUGGCGCCGAUGACCUUUCAUCCGAUGCCACAUCCGGCGCAUUAGAGGGCCCUGACCAAAAGACAAUCUACGGGGAUCCAUACUCAUUGCUCCCAAGCAAUGAUAACCAACCGAGCGCCAAGAAGUACGUGAGCACCGUCGACGUCGGCCCAGAUGAUAUUCCCCACUGCAGUCUCCCAACUCUCAAUCCAUUGAAACUGCUCUCAUAUCGCGGGGUUGAGGGUGGCCACACCUGCUUUUCACCCGUCUUCCCUCCAUCCGGCCAAGAGCUCUAUUCCUGGUAUCUGGGAGCUAAGAAGGAGACUAUAGACGCCCAGCUUGACUUUUUUGCAGACUUCCAUGUAUACGGGCGCUACGUUAUCGGGAUUGCGUUGGUGGUUUUUACGCCUGGGGAAGCGGCUCGGUGUGAUCGGUUGUAUCGGUCGCUUCUGGAUGAUACCGCGCAACAGGGUUUCACGGAGUAUCGGACUCAUGUUGAUUAUAUGGAUGCUGUUGCAGGUCAUUUUACCUUUAAUGAUGGGGCUUUUCAUUAA